GGCACAUUCGCCAAUUCACGACACAGGACUGUUUAAAUUUUCAUUAGUUAAACCACCAUACAUUAAACCAUAUCAACUCCUAGAUCGCAAAUAUUUUAAAAUAGGAAGUAUCAUCGUGACUUCUAGUAAAAAUGGUUGAGGCAAGUGUUUUGAAAAAUCUAUGGGUUCAAAUAGCGGCUACAUUUUUGGGUACGCUUAUGGCCAUAUCCAAUGGCAUGGCAUAUGGAUGGAGCGCUCCAAUGGUACCAUAUUUACUCAGCAACCAGACACACAUUCCCAUAACUCGUGCAGAAGGGGAAAGACUGGAAACGAUGUUGUUCAUUGGAGCGGCCGCCGGCUUACCAACCACAGUGUUUGUCGUUAACUAUUUUGGCAGAAAAGGCUCUAUGCUAUUAUCAUCAGCAGUGGGCUGUAUCUACUGGACAAUGAUACUUACCACCGAUAAACUAUGGGUGAUCUACAUUGCUAGAUUUUUAAGCGGCAUGGCUGGUAACAUGUGUUUCAUCGGAGCCCCUAUGUAUAUAGCUGAAAUUGCUGAUCAUAGAAUAAGAGGCUUUUUAUCAGCAUCCAUCUAUAUUAUGCUCUUGCUUGGUAUUCUCACAGUAUACGCUGCAGGAGCAUUGCUGCCAUUUUAUGCUGUACCGACAAUUGGUAUCGUAAUAACCAGUUGUGAAGUUAUAUUAUUCCCGAUUAUGCCCGAAAGUCCAUAUUUUUACAUCUACAAUAACAAAGAUGAAAAGGCAAUGACUUCUUUGAGGCGCCUUAGGCCCAAAACUGCCAAUAUUGAAAAAGAACUAGCAGAAAUCAAAAUGGCCGUGGAAAGACAAAAAACGGAGAAAGGCAGGCCUCAAGAUUUAUUACUUAUACGUAGCAACAGAUAUGCUUUGUUAAUAAUGUUGCUUCUUAACUCAAUGGAACACCUUGUGGGAAUAAGUGUGAUAAUGAUGAAUGUUCAUGUGAUUUUAGAAGAAGCUGGUACCGUUUACAUGAAGUCUUCCACGGCCGCUAUUUUAUUUGCUGUGAUUAUGUUGUUAGGCGCCCUAUGCGGCUCUGUGAUAAUAGAUAAGUUUGGAAGAAAAUUUUUAUUAAUUACUUCAGGCUCGUUAACUGGAAUUAGUUUACUGAUAACGACCAUAUAUUUUCAUUUAAAAAAUACUGGUCAUGAUGUUCUGUUUGUCAGUUGGAUACCAAUUGUAUGUGUCAUGUUCUACGCGGCCACCUUUAAGUUGGGUCUUGGUAUUGUGCCCAUUGUGAUGACUGCAGAAAUUUUUCCAACAACGAUUAAAGCGAUAGGUAUGACUAUUGCAGAUCUUUUCUACGUGCUAGCCGCCAUAGCUUCCUUGGAGAUGUAUUCAGCUCUGUUCGAUAAUUUUGGAAUCCAUGCAGCAUUUUAUCUAUUUACUGUAUGUAGUUUUGGAACGGUACUGCUGGUAUUUUUAUUUAUUCCCGAAACCAAAGGUAAAACUCUCGAAGAAAUCCAAUUGAUGCUUAAAGGACGUCGAAAAAGCGAGGUUUACCAUUUGGAAGCAACUAAUUGUGAUAAUUUGUUAGUUAAAUAAACUGAUUUGCUUAUUUUAUUAGUUAAUUGCUUUGUUUUUUUUUUUAUUCUAGCUUCUAAUGCGUUUCUUUAUCUCCUGACUAGCCUUUUGAAUGCUCUAUUGCAACAUUAUCAUUUAUCUUUCCAUUCCAGAAUUUGGAUGUUUA